UUUGUUUGAAAAUAAACCAAGCAAACAAAUUUCCAAACUUGAUGGCCGAAGCGAUUGCAAUUUGCCGCAAAUCUCAUGAACCAACUGAUAGCGCGGUGCAUAAAUAAUGACGGAAACUCCAGGCCGCAGUCAAACCAAGCAAAUAAAAUGGACGGAGCAAUUCGGAUAUUACUUCUGCUUUCACUGGGGGUGAUGAGGGCUUCGUGCACCACCGUCGGCGACCUGGUGACCCUGAGGAGUUUGGAGGAGGGCGGAUUUUUGCAGCCAGCCAACGGAACUGCCCACUCGGUCACGGUCAUCACCGAGGUCAACGGAACGAGGCACAUUGAGCGCAUCGAGACGGUGGUGGUGCCUUCCAACUUCAGACAGAUAAUCCACAACCCUGACAACGACAUGUGCCACAUCGACAGCCUGGAAGAGGCGACCAGGACCAAGAGGGCGUGCACCACUUGGGACAGCUCAGUGUGUCGCGUGGAGGACGAGGCAGGAGUCACGUAUUUCACAAUCAGCGUCAAGCUACGAGAGUGCACCUCAGGUCCCGACACCAAACUUCUCAGGUUCUACUCAAAAUUCCCAGGAACCUUCGUCAUGAGAUUGACAAAUCGACGGGGUUCAUACGUGAUUGUGAUGAAGACGUACAAGGGUAACCAGGUGCUCAACUUCCCCAUCAACGUGCACAUGAGUUACGACACCAAGGUGUUCCUCUACGUCCGAAAGGAAGACUCGUCCGAAUCUUCCUCCUGUCCUUGUUCCUCCUCCUCCUCCUCGUCCUCAAGCUGCGAGCACGACCUCUUCGACUCCAGCUUUGGCUUCGAAAGCCUCGAGUUAGACAACGUCCUGUACAACUACCAGGGCGGCUCGAGCUGCGGCGACUUCAGGCUGCUGAAGAAGGGCAAUAGUUACGCCAUUCUCGAGCAAAGGGAACCUUUCAAGAGUCAGAUGUACACAAGGGUCGGAUCGUGCAUUUUGUUCCCAUCAGACAGCGACGCCAAUCGAGAAGCAGGGCGCAGAGACAAGAAAAAAUAAAUAAAUAGCUGUAUUUGGCAUAGUUUCUUGCUAAUAAAGUGGAGAAAAAAGUC